AUGCAGGGUCACGGAAGGUGCUUGAAACUCUUUCUUGCAUUUGCGCUGCUUUUGCUACAGUACGCCCAAGGAGGAGAGGUGGACCACAGUCAGAGGGAUACUAACGUGCCCAGGAGGUGCAUAGAGAAGGAAAGGCAAGCACUCCUUGCAUUCAAACAUGGCCUGGUGGAUGAGGACAAUAGCCUCUCUUCGUGGGGUUCAGAAGCCCAGAAACAAGAUUGUUGCAGAUGGAUAGGAGUCUAUUGCAGCUACCAAACAGGUCAUGUUAUUGGACUUGAUCUUUCAUUCGAAGUUGUAUUCGAUAAUUUACAAGGUACGAUGAUUAGUCCUAAACUGUUUGAGUUGCAGCAUUUACAACAUUUGGACCUUACUGCGAUUAAUUUCAAUGGGAGCCAAUUUCCAAAUUUCAUUGGUUCUCUAACCAAUUUAAGAUACCUCGAUCUGUCUUGGACAAAUUUUGGAGGCAAGUUUCCAAGUCAGGUCGGAAAUCUUACGAACUUGGUGUAUCUGGACUUGAGUGUUAAUUCCUUUACAAAUGUAGAAAAUCUCAACUGGCUUCCUCCUCUUUUGUCAUUAAGAUAUUUGGACUUGAGUUCCGUGAAUCUCAGCAAUGCUUUCGAUUGGCUAGAAGCCGUUAAUAAGCUUCCUGAACUAACAAACUUGACACUACGCUACUGUGAUCUUCCUCCUCCAAUUCUUUCCACUCUUUCUUACAUAAACUUUUCUCAAUCUCUUGCUAGCGCUGACCUUUCUGGCAACGAUUUGAGUACUUCUUCAAUAUUUCUAUGGUUGUCCAACUAUAAUGCCAGCCUUGUCUAUCUUGACCUCUCUGCUAACCAACUAGUCGGUUCAAUUCCUGAUGUUCUUGGAAACAUGAGCUCUCUGACACAUCUUGAUCUCCAAUCUAACCAAUUUGAAGGAGGGGUCCCGCAUUCUUUUGCCAGGUUAUGUAGUUUGCAAUAUUUGGGUCUCUCAAGCAAUAAUCUGAGUGGACAACUUUCUAAGUUUGUUCAAAUAUUAUUAUCUACAUGUGCUCAAAACUCAUUGGAGAUGUUGGAUCUCGGUAAUAACCAACUUGCUGGGUCAUUACCUGAUCUUACAAACCUUUCAUCUUUGGAAAGCUUAACUAUUAGUUACAAUCAAUUAAGCGGAGGAAUACCUGAAAGUAUAGGGCUAAUGUCUAAGCUUGAAUAUAUUGAUUUUAGAAUGAAUUCUUUGGAAGGAAUACCUGAAAGUAUAGGGCUAAUGUCUAAGCUCGUAUAUAUUGAUUUUAGCAUGAAUUCUUUGGAAGGAGUGAUUUCAAAAACUCAUUUCUCAAAACUCUCCAAAUUACGGUAUUUGGGUUUAUCUUCUAACAAGCUAGUUUUAGACAUCCAUGCUGAUUGGAUUCCUCCUUUCCAAUUGGGGUCAAUACAUUUGAGGUCUUGCAAGAUGGGUCCGGAUUUCCCAAAGUGGCUUCAAACUCAAAAAGAAUUCUCACACCUUGAUAUUUCUGAUGCUGGAAUUUCUGACAGCUUUCCAAGUUGGUUUUGGAGUUUAUGUCGCAAUGUGACAUUUAUGAAUCUCACAAGCAACCAAAUUAGAGGUACAUUUGCAAAUUUGACAUUGGAAUUUUCAGAUUUCCCUACCCUACUAUUGAGUUCAAACAAGUUGGAAGGUCCAAUCCCCUCAUUUCUAUCAACAACCAAACAUCUGGAUCUCUCUUAUAAUAAACUUUCAGGGUCAAUUUCGUUCUUGUGUUCAAGUGCAGCUAUUAAUUUAGGCUUUCUUGACCUCUCAAACAACAAUGUUUCUGGACAAGUUCCAGAUUGCUUGACACAUUUGGAGAGUCUAGUCAUGCUUGAUUUGAGUAACAAUGCUUUGUCCGGGAAAAUUCCUACAACAAUAGGCUCUAUGUUUCGGAUUGAAACACUCAAAUUAAGAAGCAAUAGAUUUGUGGGACAAUUGCCUUCGUCGUUGAAGAAUUGCACAAGUUUAGUAGUCAUUGAUGUUGGGGAUAAUAAAUUAUCCGGACCAAUACCUGAAUGGUUAGGGGUUAGCUUAAAGAAAUUGGUUAUCCUAAUGCUUUCGUCUAAUCACUUCAAUGGAAGCCUGCCCUCACAAUUAUGCCAUCUAACACACAUUCAAAUUUUGGAUUUCUCCAUGAACAUCAUCUCUGGAAGCAUACCCAAAUGCCUCACCAAUUUAACUACUCUGGCUCAGAAAGGAAAUCCAAGUCUGAACAUCUCACAUUCUUAUAUAAUUUCUAAUAUUAAUUGGGGAGAUGAUUAUGAUGAUGAUGCAACCUUCAUGUGGAAAGGAGGAAUGCAGACAUACAAAAGUACUUUGGGGCUCGUGAAGAGAAUUGAUAUGUCAAGCAAUAAAUUAACAGGGGAUAUUCCAAGUGAAAUCACUCAUCUUGUUGGAUUGGUGUCUUUAAACCUAUCGAGAAACCAAUUAACAGGUCAAAUAACUCCAGAGAUUGGAAACUUGCAAUCAUUGGAUUCUCUUGAUUUGUCACAAAACCAUAUAGAUGGAAGAAUUCCAACAAGCCUUGCUAGGAUAGAUCGUCUUGGUUUCUUGGACUUGUCAUAUAACAACUUGUUUGGCAAAAUUCCAGUCGGGACUCAGCUCCAAGGCUUUGAUCCCUCUUUUUAUGCUGGGAAUCUUCAACUCUGUGGACCUCCACUUAAAAAGAUGUGUGUUGAUGAAGUGGAAAAAGGUCCAAGUGGGCAAACUGACUUCAUCAACCAAGGGGACAAGGAUGAGCUAAUAACACUGGGAUUCUACAUUAGUAUGGGGCUUGGAUUUGCUGCCGGAUUUUGGGGAGUUUGCGGCACCUUGAUAUUUUCAAGGUCAUGGAGAUACGCAUACUUGAAAUUCUUGAAUGGUUUAAAUGAUUGGCUUUUUGUGAGGAUAGCUUUGUUGAAGCGGCAAUUGAAGGGUGCUUAA